AUGAUUGGCUUCGAGUCACGAGAGGCCGACCUGGAGAAGGCGCCUCAGGUCGACAACGCGUACGAGAGCCGCAGCAACGACACCACCGAGAUCUACGAACCUGGCCACACCAAUGCUGUCCCCGGCGAAACCUUCGAAUAUGGCAACUCGCUCUAUGCGAAGAUCCAGCGUCUCGCCGGUAAGAUCAACGUCGAGCAGCGAGGCAUUGAGCGUGUGCCCGCGGAGGAGCAAACGGAUACCUCCUACUUCAACAUCGGCAGCAUGUGGCUGGCCGCAAACAUGGUCGUGAGCUCGUUCGCCAUUGGUGUGCUCGGCAAGUCCCUGUUCUACUUGGGCUUCGUUGAUGCCAUCCUCGUCUGUAUCUUCUUCAACUUGCUGGGCGUUUUGACCGUGUGUUUCUUCUCCUGCUUCGGCCCCGCCUUCGGUUUGCGCCAGAUGGUGCUCUCUCGUUUCUGGUUCGGAUGGUGGCCAGUCAAGUUCGUGGCUUGUCUGAACGUUAUCGCCUGUGUCGGUUGGUCUGCUGCCAAUGCCAUCGUCGGUGCCCAGCUCCUCAAUGCAGUCAACAGUGAUGUUCCUGGUUACGCCGGCAUCCUCGUUAUUACCUUCGCUACUCUCUUCAUCACCUUCGCCGGAUACAAAGUCGUUCACGCUUACGAGUACUGGAGCUGGAUCCCCACCUGCAUCGUCUUCAUCAUCGUGCUCGGAUGCUUCGCCCACUCCGGUGAUUUCCUCAACCUUCCCAUGGAUACCGGCACCUCUGAGCUCGGUAAUGUCCUGUCCUUCGGCUCGACCAUCUACGGCUUCGCAACUGGCUGGACUAGUUACGCCGCCGAUUACACCGUGUACCAGCCGGCGGACCGCAGCCGCCGCAAGGUGUUUGGUGCCACCUGGCUCGGUCUGAUCAUUCCCCUUCUCUUUACUGAGAUGCUGGGCAUCGCCAUCUACACCGCCACUGAUCUGAACGGUGGCGUCAACAAGUACGCCGCCGGUUACACAGCCUCCGGUAAUGGUGGUUUGCUCAACGCCGUCCUCGAGCCUCUUGGCGGAUUCGGCAAAUUUUGUCUGGUCAUUCUGGCCCUGUCCAUUAUCGCCAACAACUGCCCCAACCUCUACUCCGUCUCUCUGACCCUCCAAGUUCUGAGUCGCUACACCCAGCGCGUGCCCCGUUUCAUCUGGACUUUCCUCGGCGGCUGUGCGUCCCUCGCCAUCGCCAUUCCCGGUUACUCGGACUUCGAGACCGUCCUGAACAACUUCAUGAACUUCAUCGCCUACUGGCUUUCUAUCUACUCCGGAAUCGCCAUCGCCGACCACUUCGUCUUCAAGCGCGGUUUCCGUGGAUAUAACCCGGAGAUUUACGACCAGCGCGAUAAGCUUCCCAUUGGAAUUGCCGCUAGUAUCGCGUUCUGCUUCGGUGUCGCCGGUAUGGUUACCGGUAUGAGCCAGACGUGGUUUGUGGGUCCGAUUGCCCGGCACGCUGGUGCUCUGCCUUAUGGUGGUGAUGUCGGUUUCGAGCUUGGCUUUGCCUUUUCGUUUACCGUGUAUUGUGCCUUGAGACCGUUUGAGCUUCGUUAUUUCGGUCGAUAA